AAUUCUAAAAGCUAGGAACCGACUGCAAUUCUGUUGGGGGAAAUCUACAGUAUCUGGCAACCUGUUCCCUCAGUGCAGAGGCGGAGUUCACCCGCUGUCGUUUCACAGUAGUUUCUGGAACCUCAUGGUCGUACCAUGGAGAAAGUGGCACAGCUGAAAGAUGAGGGCAACAAGGCACUCAGCGCUGGGAACAUCACUGAGGCCGUGCGCUGCUACACUGAAGCGCUGGUCCUGGACCCCAAUAACCACGUGCUCUUCAGUAACCGCUCAGCCGCAUACGCCAAGAAGGGAGACUAUGAAGAUGCCUUGAAGGAUGCUUGUCAGACUAUCAAGAUUAAACCUGACUGGGGCAAAGGUUACUCAAGAAAAGCUGCGGCGCUCGAGUUCCUCGGGAGAUUUGAGGAUGCUAAAACAACUUAUCAAGAGGGCGUUCGCCAGGAGCCGGCCAAUCAACAGCUGAAGGAAGGACUCCAGAAUAUCGAGGCUCGCCUGGCAGAGAAGAAGAUGAUGAACCCCUUUGCGAUGCCUAAUCUGUAUGAGAAGUUGGAAGGCGACCCCCGCACCCGUGCCCUGCUCGCCGACCCCAGCUACCGGGAGCUGCUGGAGCAGCUCAGGAAUAAGCCUUCCGAGCUCGGCACCCGGUUGCAGGACUCGAGGGUAAUGACCACGCUGUCUGUGCUGCUGGGCCUGGACCUGGCUGGUAUGGAGGAAGAGGAGGAGCCCACCCCACCUCCGCCCCCCAAGCCCAAAGAGACAAAGCCUCCUCCACCUAAAGAGGAAGACCUGCCAGAGAACAAGAGACUGGCAGUGAAGGCAAAAGAGCUUGGGAAUGAAGCCUACAAAAAGAAAGACUUUGAAACAGCACUGAAACACUAUGAGGAGGCUGUUGGUCACGACCCUUCCAAUAUGACUUACUUGUCCAACCAAGCAGCGGUAUACUUUGAGAAGGGCCAGAUGGAGAAGUGCAGGGAGCUCUGCGAGAAAGCUAUUGAUGUUGGCCGAGAGAACCGCGAGGACUACAGACAGAUUGCCAAAGCCUAUGCGAGGAUUGGUAACUCGUACUUCAAGCAAGAGCAGAACAAACAAGCCAUUCACUUCUUCAACAAGAGCCUGGCAGAACACCGCACCCCUGAUGUGCUGAAGAGGUGUCAGCAGGCAGAGAAGAUACUGAAGGACCAGGAGAAGCUGGCCUACAUUAAUCCUGAACUGGCCCUGGAGGAGAAGACCAAGGGCAACGAGGCCUUCCAGAAAGGGGAUUACCCAGCGGCCAUGAAACAUUACUCUGAGGCCAUCAAGAGGAACCCAAACGAUGCCAAGCUCUUCAGCAACAGAGCCGCAUGCUACACCAAACUGGCCGAGUUCCAGCUGGCCCUCAAGGACUGUGAAGAGUGCAUCAAACUCGAACCUGCAUUCAUAAAGGGAUACACACGCAAGGCUGCUGCUCUUGAGGCCAUUAAAGAUUUCACCAAAGCCAUGGACGUCUACCAGAAAGCCCUGGAGCUCGACUCCACCUCUAAGGAGGCCACUGAGGGCAUCCAGCGCUGCAUGAUGAAUCAGGCCACGAGGAACGACAGUCCGGAGGACGUGAAGCGGCGGGCCAUGGCCGACCCCGAGGUGCAGCAGAUCAUGUCUGACCCGGCCAUGCGCUUGAUCCUGGAGCAGAUGCAGAAGGACCCACAGGCCCUCAGCGAACACCUGAAGAACCCGGUCAUCGCUCAGAAGAUCCAGAAACUAAUCGAUGUCGGACUCAUAGCCAUACGGUGAUCGCCCACCGGGACUUGGGGAAGCAAAGGGCAGUGGCCCAUUGGAGAAAACGAAUUGAAGAGACAGAAGAAUAUGCCACUCCCCUCUGGACAAGGACAGAUCAGCCCUCCUCCAUUACUGUCGCCUAAACCCCACCCACCCCGCCGCCGACUCCUCACUCACUCAACUCAGUUACUCACGCAGGCAACCUCUCUUCCCAUUCCUACUCUUGUCAGUGUUGACUUCAUCUUCAGAAUUUGGCCUUAAUCAGAUUGUACCAUUGCAUUUGAUCUGAAGUGUUGAUUUCACAGCACAGCACUCCAGACUGUGCUCUUGCACAAUCUCUCUCUCUCUCUCUCUCUCUCUCUUUCUUUCUUUCUCUCUCUUGCUCAUGCUUUCUCUCUCUCUGUCCACUUGUUUAUUGCUCGGCAGUAGGCCGUUGGGAGGUUGCAAGUGUUUGAAAUUAAUACUUGAUUUGAUGGUGUAUUUCCCCCCCGCAGCUCUUCAGAUAUUUAUGUUUUAGACCUCUUUGGAUACAUGUCUAAACGUUUUUCAAGGCACAUUUUCAUGUUUUUUUUUACAUUAUAAAAUUGUUGUCACUUUUAACCACAGGAAGAGAGGAUGGAUCAUUUUUUUGUUUGUUUGGGUUUUUUUUUUUCCUUCCUGUUGUGAUCCCAAAAGCCAAUGUUAGUCGCACACAGAUAAAGAAUUCAACCAAUCAAACAAAGCUCUGUGAAGCUGUCAUGCUUAUCAAGCUCUCUUCAUUAAACCUCUGUGCAGGACGCAAAGCUUAUCUACUUCAGUCGGUGCGUAGUUACUGAAAUUGAUUUAGGCAACAGUACAUCUGCUUCAUGCAGUUCAGGGACACAUCUGUCUAAAUUCAAAAGGCACAUGGAAUACACGGGUGGGGUGGGGGUAUCAGUGUGCGCAAACAUUUACCGCAAAGCCACUGAGUGCGUUUUUUGGGGCCGGUAUUACAGGAGCAGGUGGCUCAUUGAUGUAGAAGCAAGCUCUCAUCACUUGACACAAUAUCAACAAAAAAGUGGUGCUCACAUGUUAACUGCCCUUGUAAAGAUGACUCCCCUAAUGUGUAAUGAUAUAUCACGCUCCUGUCAUGAAAAAUACAUAUGAAUGUAUUUCAAUUGUUCAA